UAGUUAUUGAUCAGCGUUCGGUGUGCGUUUCUUGGAGCUGUUGACUAACAGAUCAAUGUCUCAAAGGUUGAAGCUGCAGCGCUCUGCAGGACACUGACCCGAGCCAGACUGAACACACAUCUGUCUGAACAGCUGCACGUCUACCUGCUCAGAAUGAGGGCUUCUGAUUGGCUGCUGGUCGUGGCGGUUCUGCCACUCGUCUCCCUCGCCGACCUGCCGGACAUCUGCAGCGCCAAACCCAAAGACCUGGCCCUGGAGCCGCGCUGCAUCUGGCGCAGCCCCGACCCCGAGGGCACCGAGGCGCCGACCACGGAGCCGGAGCCGAUCCCCGAGUCCACCAACCCGCGAGUCUGGGAGCUGUCCAAGGCCAACAGCCGCUUCGCCCUGUCGCUGCACAAACAGCUGGCGGCCAGCAGAGCGCCAGACACCAACAUCUUCAUGUCCCCCAUCAGCAUCUCCACCGCCUUCGCCAUGACCAAGCUGGGCGCCUGCAACCAGACGCUGCGCCAGAUCAUGGAGGUGUUUGAGUUCGACACCAUCAAAGAGAAGACGUCGGACCAGGUCCACUUCUUCUUCGCCAAACUCAACUGUCGUCUGUACCGGAAGAAGGGCAAGACCACCGAGCUGAUCUCCGCCAACCGGCUGUUUGGAGACAAAUCUCUGGUCUUCAACGAGACGUACCAGAACAUCAGCGAGACGGUCUACGGAGCCAAACUGAUGCCUCUCAACUUCAAGGAGAACCCGGAGAGUUCCCGAAUCCUCAUCAACGAGUGGAUCGCCAACAAGACGGAGAACCUGAUCCAGGACACGCUGCCAGUCGGGGCGCUGGACUCCAACACCAUCCUGGUCCUCGUCAACACAAUCUACUUCAAGGGUCAGUGGAAGAACAAGUUCAACCAAGAAAAUGUCUACGCCUCAGACUUUGAUGUCAGCAGCACUCGCAGAUGCUCAGUCAACAUGAUGUACCAGGAGAACAAGUUCAAGUACGGGUACUUCCCAGACGACCACGUGCAGCUGCUGGAGAUGCCGUACCUCGGAGACGACAUCACCAUGGUGAUCAUCCUGCCGAGCAAGGACACAACGCUCAGGAAGGUGGAGGAGAGUCUGGACCUGAACAAACUGACCGGCUGGUUUGACAAGAUGAAGGAAACCUCCGUCGCCGUCCACGUCCCUCGAUUCAGGGUGGAGGACAGUUUCAGUCUGAAGGAGAAGCUGGAGGCGAUGGGACUGACCGACCUGUUCAGCUCUGAUAAGGCCAGUCUGCCAGGGAUGCUGUGGGACGGCGGGGACGGUCUGCACAUCACAGACGCUUAUCAUAAAGCCUUCCUGGAGGUGAACGAGGAGGGCAGCGAGGCGGCAGCGUCCACCGCCGUGGUCGCCAUCGGACGCUCCAUCAACUUCAACCGGGAGAUUUUUAUGGCCGACAGACCGUUCCUGCUGCUCAUCAGAGAGGCGACCAUCAACGCCAUGCUGUUCACGUCCCGGGUGGCCGACCCCUGCAGCCAAUAAAAACUGUCCAGCUGCUGCUUUAACACCACAACCACCUAAAUACCAAAACUUAAACACAUUUAAACAGACUGUUUUUCUCUUCUUCUGUGUUCACUCUCUUCAUAUUCUGCAGUUACAUCAUCAGCAGGAAGUUAUAGUGACUUUGUGGUUACUGGAUGCUACUGACAGCUGCCUCUGAACUGCUAACUAGGACAAAGUGUUAUUAAUGAGUUUAAAAACAAUUCUUGGCUAUAUUAGGAUUAAUUUACCAGAAAAAAUACACAUUUGCUAUUCAUGUUUAUCCAUUACCUUUAUCUAACUACUUAAACCAUUUCUGUGUUACUUGUCGCUAAUUAUUUCAAACAUUUAACUCUUUAAACCAUUUAUCCAUUACUUUUAAUUGGUUCUUUUUAGCUAACUAUUUUAACCGUUCAUUCCUUACUUUAAGCCAUCUCAACCAUUUAGCCGUUACUUUAAGCCAUCUUAACCAUUUAGCAGUUACUUUUAGCCAUCUCAGCCAUUUAGCCGUUACUUUUAGCUAUUUCAACCAUUCAUCAGUUACUUUAGCUAAUAACUUUUAGCUAACUAUUUCAACCAUUUAUCAGUUAGUUUUAGCUAACUAUUUUAGCUAUUUCAACCAUUUAUUAGUUACUUUUUAGCUAUUUCAACCAUUUUUCAGUUCCUUUUAGCUAACUAUUUGAGCUAUUUCAACCAUUUAGCCGUUACUUUUUAUCUAUUUCAACCAUUUUUCAGUUCCUUUUAGCUAUUUGAGCUAUUUCAACCAUUUAGCCUUUACUUUUUAGCUAUUUCAAACAUUUAUCAGUUACUUUUAGCUAACUAUUUUAACUGUUUAUCUGCUACCUUUAGCUAUUUCAACCAUUUAUCGUUACUUUUAGCCAUUUCAACUGUUUAUCUGGUACUUUCAGCUGUUUCGACCGUUUAUCCGAUACUUUUAGCGGUUUCAACUGUUUAUCUGAUACUUUGAGCCGUUUCAACUGUUUAUCCAAUACUUUCAGCCGUUUCAACUGUUUAUCCAAUACUUUAAGCUAUUUAACCCAUUUAGCCGAUACUUUUAGCUAUUUCAACAUGUAUCAGGUACUUUUAGCUAACUAUUUUAGCUAUUUAAACCAUUUAUCCAAUAGUUUUAUGUAUUAUUUCUGUAAUUAUUAACUAUUUGAACCUUUUAGCCGUUACCUUUUAGCCAAUUAUUACUUGUAGCUAACUAUUUCAACCAUUUAUCCAUUACUUUUAGCUAAUUAUUAUUCCAACCAUUUUUAAGUUUCUAUGGUACACAUCAUCACCUUCCCUGGGUCCGUUGGCUAGCUGAAUUGUGGGUAAUGCGUAUCAGUGAAGAAAGAGGCGAGUCGGUGGCGGUCGACACUUAAAGUGCUUUAUUUCCUCUGGAGGAGAUGCGACCUGUGAGUGAUCUAGUGGUCAUGGUGAAAGAAGCUUCUUCACAUUUUUCUAAACUAAUAAUCAACCUUUGGCCUCACCCCCCCACCCGCCCUCCACCAACAUGUUUUAGCAACAGAGACAUGCAACAUAAAAGAUCUUCACAUAAAACCUUUCCGGUUCCUUUACUACAGAACUUGUUAAGUACCUCCUCUUUAAAAUAAAAUGUACAGUAUUAAAAAGUUAAUUUACUAAA